AUGACUCUCCUCACAAACUUCCUUCUCCUCCCCCUCACCCUCCUCACAACCCUCACCACCGCCCAAACCCCCAAAUCCCGUACUCUCCACCCGGAACUCAACGCCGCCCUACGCACCGCAGCCACAUCCUUUGACCGCGCCGCCCUGCUCCCCAACAGCGCAGACUGGACCUACGACUUUACAAAGCACCCCAACUACGAUUCCCCAACCGGCGCCGUCAUCAACGCCGACGCCGCCACUUUCCCUGCCGUCACCGGUCUCGGAUCGAGCGUUGCAUUGCUCAAGUUGGCGCCGUGCGGUAUGCUGCCCCCGCAUUUACAUCCGCGGGCUACGAAUAUCGUCACUGCUAUCACUGGGAAUACGACGACGUGGAUGAUUGGGGAGAAUGGGGUCGGGGUGAGGAAGGUGGAGUUGCUGCCGAUGAUGGUGACGGUGUUUCCGCAGGCGAGUUUGCAUAUGAUGCAGAAUAAUGGUUGCGAGCCAUCCCUCCUCAUCUCAUCGCUUAACAGCGAUGACAGUGGUACUCUGAAUAUUCUGCCGAGCUUGUGGUCUGUACCCCAAGAUAUCAUCGGCGCGGGCUUCGGCAACGAUGCUUUCAACGCGGCGGAUGUAGGCAAGAAUAUUCCUGCCGUGGGUACCGGCGCUAUUAUCGGGAGUGCGGAUUGUAAGAAACGGUGUGGUAUCUCGACUUGA